AUGCCCUGCCCUGCCACGGUCCCGCAUCAGACGUGCGUGGCUCAAAAAAAAAAACAUCGUAGCAGAAAUAUUGCUUCAGUACCAGGUGGUGAAAUUGUUGAAGCAAGUCUCUACGGAUCGCGGAUGCCCUGGAUGCGACCACCAACUCUUGCCGGUUGUCCCCUGUCGUGGGAGACCCACACGGACGUGAUUCCGGACGCGACAAUAGCUCGCUCGACGAGAAGAGCGGAUUGA